UUAAAAUAUGACAGUUGUUAUGAAUGGGCACGUCUGCAAUUGGUGGCACUUGGACGAGUGGGAUAGUCAUGGAAGACAAAGUCUAUGAUCCAAUGUUUUUUAGUACUAAACCCUAACCUAACCUAACGUAGCCUGCCUUCCGUCAUGUUUCCACGUUCAUUUGACUUCCUCUCUCAAACUUCUAUAUAUAUAUAUUUCCCCAAAUCUUCUUCCCCUUCAUCUGUGACCAUUUCAAAAUCUUUCAAUCAUCUUCUAUCCUAAUACAACCCAGAGAGAGACAUGAGUGAACAGAAGCGUACACCCCGUUUGAAUGAGAGGAUCUUGUCAUCCUUAUCAAGGAGAUCUGUUGCUGCUCAUCCAUGGCAUGAUCUUGAAAUAGGACCUGGAGCUCCCCAGAUUUGCAAUGUGGUUAUUGAGAUCACCAAAGGAAGCAAAGUGAAAUAUGAACUUGACAAGAAAACCGGCCUCAUUAAGGUUGAUCGCAUCUUGUAUUCAUCUGUGGUUUACCCUCAUAACUAUGGAUUCAUUCCUCGUACGCUAUGUGAAGAUAAUGACCCGAUGGACGUACUAGUCCUUAUGCAGGAACCUGUGCUACCUGGAUGUUUUCUUAGAGCCAGGGCCAUCGGACUAAUGCCUAUGAUUGAUCAGGGAGAAAAAGAUGACAAGAUUAUUGCAGUAUGUGCUGAUGAUCCAGAGUACCGCCACUACACUGAUAUAAGCCAGCUACCUCCUCAUCGUUUGGCUGAGAUCCGACGAUUCUUUGAGGAUUAUAAGAAGAAUGAGAACAAAGAGGUUGCAGUUGAUGAGUUUCUGCCUUCAAACACUGCUCAUGAUGCCAUCCAGUACUCCAUGGAUCUUUAUGCCGAGUACAUCAUGCAGACUUUGAGGAAAUAGACGGACCGGUUCGAUCUAAUGAGGAUGUUAUAUUUUUAACAUUUCAAAUUGAAGAUGAAAGACCAAAUUAUUGCUGUUUACUUUUACUGUUAUUGAUACUGUAAUAUUUUGAGAAUUUUGUAUGAAAUUACUCGAUGGAUUACUGGUUAUCUUUUUUACUUAUUGGCAUAAAAAAAUUCUCAAAAUA